UGGGACUAUCGAUACGUAGCCGCAACAGCUGUUUUGAUCAUGAUACCUUCCCCCAAAACGGCGUCCGAAAAUAAAAGAAAAAACUUAAAAAAGAGCCUAGCCUAGGCAGCUGUAAAACAAUUAACUUAUUGACAAUUUCCGAGGAUUGGUUGCCAAGCGAGUGGAUGUAAACGAUGGACAUCAAGCUUAAAGAUAAGAAAUGGACAACCACAUACACACAGAUGUUGCUGGAAAUGUACACCGAACGACAGGAGCAGUUUCGGGAUCCGCGACGUAAGGUCAAAGAUGUCUGGGGCGAGAUGGUGACCGUGCUGACCAACCAGGGAAUGACCGACAUUGAUGCCGUGCAGCUGGACCGGAAGUUCAGGAACCUGAAGAAGACGUACUUUUGCAUCCGCAACAAGCAUCUGGAGCGCGGGGCAGACUAUCAGCCAAACUGGCAGUUCUACGACCAAAUGUCUGAAAUCCUCAAGGACGAGGCUCCGCCUGGCACCCAGGUGGUCCUGAGCUACGAUGAUUACGACCACUCAAACCCAAUGGCCUCGUUCCUCGUCGACAACAACGACGAAGCAGAUUCGGACAUCUCAAUCCUAGGCGGUAAUCAAGAGCCUGUCGUUACACCUGCGGAGGUGCGUCCCAAUCGGAAGCGGCAUACCAUGGACAACGGCGGCAGGCAGCAGCCGAAGAAUAGAAGGAGCAACAAAAUGCGUGGGGAACCACCGGAAAUGGAUCGCAUUAAGGUAUAUAAUGCCGCCGAGCCUGAGGUUAGCAUCGUAGAGACCAAGGAUGAGCUGUCCAUUAGCACCGCCGAGGAGGCGUUGAAGCAUUUGAGGGCCAUCCAGGAGUUCGCCAUGAUCCAGGACAAUUUUCGGGCCAUUGGGCUCCUCAUGCAGGCGGAACAUGCCAUCCAGUAUCCGGCCAAGGCCAAGGACUUUGAGGUGGAUCAGUCGUGAGGGAAUCCUUAAACCCUUAAACAUUAAAACUAGACUUUAGGUAGCAUAAUAAAUUAUACAUUUAGCUUUAGGAAACAAAUUGGAAUAUUUGUAAGCUUUAAACUUAAAACUAUUUCUUUCUGCGGCUUAUACUUGUUAGUAUGUCAUAAAGAAUAUAAUUUAUAAUUAUGACCAA